AGCGAACAUGAUUAUCAUAGAACGGUAUCUGCCUAGAUACUGAAGGGUGGGUGUUCCGACGACACCCUCAUCGCUGUUAGUGACGCCGUUUCCUCAACAUAUCCGAUGUCCUCCACAGCAUCAGGGUACUACCAGACUCCAGGAACAGGGGAUGAUGUAUGAGAAGGAUUAGCCCUGGCUUCCAUAUCGCUGAUAGCCAUGACCGCCCAGGGCUCGGACUCGACAUGACUUCGUCCUGUUCUGUUCCGCAUCCUGGCGAGUCUUUCACUCCUGUCGAGGUUGCUCCUGUCUUCGCAGGAGCUCUAGCCACCUCGCCUAACGAGUCUUCUUUCCCUCCUGAACAGUAUGUUUCUCUUGAAGAGACUUGAACUUCUCCUGGAGAGCCUCUUCCUCAUCCUGAAGGGCCUUCUCUGUCUCUUGAAGGGCUCUUCUUCUCGCUUGGAGAGCCUCAAGGGCAAGCGUUUUCUCUCGGAGAACCUUCUUCUCCUUCUGGCGGGCCUUCUCUUCUUGGCAAUCCCUCGCAAGGCGCAACGCCGCCAGCGUGAGGGGGGAAGUCGGCCCUAUGACUUCGCGCUUUGCGAUAAUCUUGACUUGUUCGGCUUCACAGUAACCCUGAAAAUCCCAAAUCCUCCCAAUCUGGCGCUAUGCCCCCUGUGCAUCCGUCGCCCAGAUCUCAAGGUUGUGGCCUCCAAAGAUGCAGGAGGCUUCAUGGUCGAACUCGAUGGUCAGAGGGCGGAAACAGCCCCAAGUCACGCCGGAUCGAUUGCCGCCAUUCUCUCCGGCUGGCGCAGCGCCGUUAUCAUCAUCUAG